AUGAGUAACGCGUUAGUAGAAUCUCAAACAGCACAAUAUGAAACACAAAGUAAUGAUGACGAAAAUAUAUCUUCGGAUCAACAAGGCCGUCAAUUAGCUCAGCUCUAUCGCUCAUUUUUAACACGUGCCAGUGUCUUCUUAACUGAAGGCGAUGCACAAAGUACAACAGCAUCAGUGGAAACUUCUCGACCCGAUACUGCUUUAUCAGGAUAUUCAUUAUCAUCAAUACGAUCAGCAGCUCGUCCUUCCUCAGCGAAACAAUCAUAUAGAUCAAAAUCGGCCUCUACACCAGCCAAACGAAAUGAUAAACGUCAUCGUACAUUUCAAAAGUUUAUCGAUAAUCUUGAAGAUAAACGAUGUAGUUCAAUUCGACGUUAUCAACAAGAAUUAAGAGAUUAUUUAUUAAAAAGACUGGAAUGUGAUCGAAUUCAAGAAGAAGUUGAGAUUUUGAAUGAAAAAGUUAGAAAAUUACAAGUAGAGAAAAAUCUUUAUACAAAAGUCUUCAGGCUUGUACAAGAUGCUCUAUCCUUGUUUCCAACAGGAUCAUUACAAGGUAGUGAAGGUGUCAAAGGUUUAAUAUUACGUUAUCAAACAUUAUCUGAGACAAAAGCUAUGUUUCAACAACGAGACUUGUCGAAAGACAAACAAGAACGUCGUCAGGAAUUAAGUCGUUUAAUGCUCGAACAUAAUACACGAAUAGCCGGUUUAACUACUCGAAUUGCUCAAUUGAAUGAGAAAAAAAUUGAAUUAGCAAAAAAAGAAUCGAUAAAAGAAGAUAAAUUAUUACAAAAAGUCGAUCUGUAUCGAUAUAAAAUGGCGACCGAAUCUCAACUGUUACGUUGUAUUGAUAGUCUGUAUGACAAAUAUCGCUUAAAUUAUCAGCCAACCGGUGAUGAAAAUUCAUUAUCGACUGAACAAAAAUUACGAGCAAUACAGGAAUUUAUUCUCUAUCGCAUCGAUUUAGUUGAACGUGUUAAUAAUAUGGACAAAAUUCCGACAAUUUAA